AUGUCGCGCCAUGCGGAGAGAUACCCUACGACAUCGGCAGGGAACCGCCAUAUUGAAUUCCUUGAGCGUGCUAAGUCCCUCGGGUUACCACUGAACGGAUCCCUGGCAUUUCUCAACCACUGGAGCUACUUCACCGACAACCCCUCCCGAGAUUUCGGACAGUUGACCAGCACCGGCCCCUACGCGGGUACGUUGAAUGCAUUUACGACAGGAGUCCGAUUCCGAACACGAUACCAUGACCUCCUACCAAGCGAUACAAAGGUCCGACUAUGGGCCAGCGAUUCCCAACGCGUCAUCGACACGGCGCGCCAUUUCGCCUCUGGGCUCUUCGGCCUUGACUGGGAGAGUUCAGGCCGGGCAGAACUAGACAUUAUCCCCGAGACUUUCGAACGAGGCGCAGAUACCCUCACACCAGGUGAUACUUGCCACAAAUACCUCGAAGAUAUCACACACGGCCAUGACUAUGGAGCGAAAAUGCUUGCAUAUUUCCAAGAUACAUACAUUCCAGUUAUCGCACAGCGGUUUCUUGAACAGAAUCCUGCUCUGGGUGAGCUUAGUAAUAUGGAAGUCUAUGGGAUGCAGGAGAUGUGCGGAUUUGAGAUUAUGGUUCGCGGGUCGAGUCCGUGGUGCGAUCUAUUUACGAAGGAAGACUGGAAGAACUUUGAGUAUGCUCGAGAUGUCAUCCACUAUUAUCGCGCUGGACCUGGAAAUGUCUACGCUGGUACGAUGGGUUGGUUGUGGUUGAACGCGACAACCACCCUACUUCGGGCUGGUCCUGAAGCAGGGCCUUUAUUUUUGAGCUUGUGA